AUGGCCAAGGGGAAGAAAACCAAACAGGCUAAAGGAAAGACAAUCAGCUUGAAAGUGGCUCAGAACUGCGUGGAGCUGACGCUGGAUGGCAAACGACGUUUGGAUCUCAGUUUCAAGGAGGUCGCUGUGGUGCCAAAGUGCAUCCAGAAGCUGUGUGAAAUGGAUGAACUGGACCUGAGCAGGAACAUGAUCAAAACGGUGCCUGACUUUAUCGACAGUUUCAUCACCAUCUCUGUUCUGGAUCUGCACAGCAACUAUCUGGAGCAGCUCCCCGUGACUAUCGGCCGUCUCCAGAACCUGCUGGUUUUGAACGUGUGUAACAACCGUCUGACUAGCCUCCCCAGCGAGCUCGGCCUGCUGAAGAAACUCCACACCCUCAACCUGGGUAUGAACCAGCUGGAGGCUCUCCCCUCCUCCAUCGCUGCAUUGAAGGAGCUCUGCCACAUCGGCCUCUCUGACAACCGAUUCACCCGCGUCCCCGGCUGCCUCUCGAGGCUGCAAAAACUGGAGAGGGUCAACCUGGACAGGAACCCCAUCCUCACUGAGGACGCAGCCGGUCAGGAGUCCCUCAUGAUGACAGGGAGGCUUUAUCUGGUCAAGGAGAGCGUCCUGUGUGAGGUCUGCCUGAACAGGUGCCAAACUGAGAGGAAGAAGCUGGAGGAUGUGGCAAACAGGGAGGGGACAAAAUGA